CCCCAGCUUCCUGCUGUCACGGGCCAAGGUCUUUCUGAGAGCGAGAGGCUUGCGUUUGACGAGCUGGUCAUGGACUUCGAUCUGGAUGACGAUAUCGUUUCCGUUCCCGCCGAAGUUCCUUGCAGCGCCGCUACCAUUGCUUCUCUCCCCACUUCAGACACUACCACAUUGAAGCCUACCGUGGAGAUGUCUGCCGUCAGCGACUCUGCCGACCACACCUCUAUCAACUUCUCCUACGCCGGCUUCUUGGCGCCCGACAAUACUCCUUGGUAUAGCGCGCCUCAAGCCCAGGUCGGAAACGAGGCCGCCUUUGUGGGGAACGAGAACGUUGGCUGGGGCGUGUGUGGUACGGAGGAGAUGGAAACGAGCAAUGCGGGUUCUUGGGGAGCUAUCGAGUCUCCUUUCAACACCACACCCUUCGGCGACUCUUUCACCCCGGUCGCGGAUGAGGCUGCCGACUGCGGUAUGCGGGGACUGUGGAACUGA